GACCUGAGCAGUGGCGUAAGUUUUGCAUCUGACAGCUCUGUUCUAAACACUAUUUGCUCACUGCAUCCUACAAAAGGUCAUUCUCAUCCAUCUCCUCGAAUGUCUCUCCCAGGAACCAUUGGGCCGAUAUGCCGCCAAGCCAAAGCUACGAGUACAGCGGUUCGAAAAUGCAAACCUGGGUCUCGAUUUCGUCAGAUCCAGAGGCAUCCAGAUGACCAACAUCGGCGCCGAGGAUAUCGUGGACGGCAAUCGAAAGAUCAUCCUCGGAUUAAUAUGGACACUUAUUCUACGAUUCACAAUUAGCGACAUCAACCAGGAGGGUAUGACAGCAAAAGAGGGUCUACUAUUGUGGUGUCAGCGCAAAACAGCAUGCUACGACGAGGUCGAAGUGCGCGACUUUAGUUCUAGUUGGAACGACGGUCUGGCCUUCUGCGCAUUACUAGACAUCCAUCGCCCAGAUCUCAUCGACUACGAUGCUCUGGACAAAAGUGACCACAGAGGCAACAUGCAGCUGGCUUUUGAUAUCGCUCAUAAGGAGAUUGGUAUUCCGACCCUGCUGGAUGUAGAAGAUGUCUGCGAUGUUGCAAAGCCUGACGAAAGAAGUAUGAUGACAUACAUUGCAUACUGGUUUCACGCCUUUUCCCAAAUGGAAAAGGUCGAAAAUGCAGGUCGCCGCGUGGAAAAGUUCAUCAACAAUAUGCAAGGCGCCUGGGAGAUGCAAAGUGCCUAUGAAAGGCGCAUGAGAGAGCUUCUCAGACAACUGAGGGAACAAAUAGACACUUGGCAGAAGGCCACCUUCGAAGGAACAUAUGUCGACGCCAAGAAACAGGCUACCGCGUUUGCUUCAUACAAGAGAGGCCAGAAGCGAGCAUGGGUUGCCGAGAAGACUGACCUCGCAACGCUUCUAGGCAAUAUCAAGACCAAGAUGGCGACAUAUCGGCUGAGAAUCUAUGAGCCACCGCCAGAGUUGAGGCUGGAAGUCAUGGACAAGGAAUGGGCUCAUCUCACCAAAGCCGAAAUGAUGCGUGGCCAACUCAUCAACGAGACCAUUAGAGAUAUCAAAAACGCCCUUCGGAAAUCGUUUGCUGAUAAAGCAAAUGACUUUGCAUUGGCCCUCAACACAAUGCAAGUCGCAAUUUCCGGUCUAGAAGGCGAUGUGGAGGACCAGCUUCUGCAUGUCCGCAAGCUUUCAGACAAUCUGCCGCCACUAGAUGCAUAUUUAGCGAAGAUCGAAGCCGUCGACGCAAAGUGCCAGGAAGCCAAUAUCGAGGAGAAUGACUUUACCACCUACACGUAUGACGAGCUGCAAUACGAACUUGGUUUAGUCAAGUCCAGCGUGUCAAAGAAGCUUGCCUUCUUGGAGAACCAGAUGGUCGCUCGUAACAUGACGAACCUCACGCCUAUCCAACUUGAGGAGUUUGAGUCUGUUUUCAGGCACUUUGACCGUGAUGACACAAACUCGCUUUCCGAGCUUGAGUUCAGCGCCGCGCUUGCGUCACUGGGUCUUGUGUUCUCGGAAGACGAGAUGCACGACUAUUUCCUUGAGACCUCACACGGCCGUGAUCGUGUCUCGUUCGAACAAUUCAUUCGUUUCAUGGUUGACGUAACCGAGGACCAGAACACCGCUGAGCAAGUCUUCCAGUCUUUCCGUGAAGUGGCGGACGGCAAGCCAUACGUCACAGAGAUGGAUCUCCGGCACUCGCUGGUACCCGACGAAGUGAUCGACAAGCUCAUGGAGAUCGUGCCCGAACACAAAGGACCCGAUAUGGCCGAGGACAGAGGCGUUCCACAGUUUGACUACAUUGCCUUCAUGGAGACGCUUAUCAGUCAGCAGGGUGGCAAUUUAGGGGACUUGACGAACGGCGGCUCCAAUGGAAGAGCAAGCCCCGUGAAGCAAACAAACGGAGUGCAUUAGGGAUCUAGUAUCUCAGUGAAGGAGUAAGCAAACGGACGUGGCACAACAAGCCGAGCUAUGGUUUCGGCAGACCGCAGUGUGUUGUAUUUUGAUUUGAGCGUUUGCAUUCCAAGCAGGGUAUAGCAUGGACUGGGUGUUCUUUUGAGGAUUAAAUAGGGGCUAGGCUGUGGGGGGGAAAAAAGGACUGGCUCUUUGGUUGUUUUGCUGGGCAGGUAGUUGAGCAGAUGGUAUAAAGAUUCCCCACACACCCGCACCUUGCAAUAAAUAAUACAUCACAGUAGAUUUUACUCA